UACAGUCCAAGACGUGAACGAGCCUUUUGGGGUGAAAAGGGAAGAUGGGGUAGAGGCUGACACAAUGGAAGAGGAGGUGGUAGACACUUUCAGAAUUAAAAAGGAGGAAGAGGAGGCAAUCACAUUGAAAGAAGAUGUUCCUACAGUGAAAGAAGAGAAAGAACCCCUUGGAGUAAAAGAGGAAGAGGAGGCUAUCACAUUAAAUGAAAAGGAGGAUGUUCUAAUGGAAGAAGAGGAAGAACCUGUUGGAGUGGAAGAGAAGGUUAUCUCAAAAGAGGAAGACGUUUUGGGAGUAAAAGAAGGCGGGGAUGAGGAGGACGAGCCUGAAGAUCCGAAUAACACAAGAGAGAGACCAGACUCUUACUCUGACAGCGGGAGUACUUCAGCGGAACCAGACCCAGAGAUGCCCAAACCAGUGAAACCACACCACUGCUCCCAAUGUGGAAAUACAUUUUUCUCAUCAGGGGACCUGAAAAAGCAUAAGAGAACACACUCUGUAGAGAGGCCUUUCCAAUGCUCUCAGUGUGGAAAGCGAUUUAUCCAGGCAUCACAUUUGAAAGAACAUAAGAGAAUACACACAGGAGAGAAGCCUUUCCAAUGCUCCCAGUGUGGAAAUAGUUUUACCCGGUUAAGGGGCCUGAAAAGGCAUAAAGGAAUACACACAGGAGAGAAGCCUUACCACUGUUGUCAUUGUGGACAGAGUUUUAGGUGGUUAGUGACCCUGAAAACACAUGAGAGGACACAUACAGGAGAGAAGCCUUUCCAAUGUUCCCAGUGUGGGAAUGCUUUUACACGGUUAGAGAAGCUGAAAGAACAUGAGAGAAUUCACACUGGUGAAAAGCCUUUCCAAUGCUUGCAGUGUGAAAAGAGAUUUAUCCAGUCAUGGAAUCUCAAAGAGCAUGAGAGGAUACACACAGGGGAGAAGCCUUUCCAAUGCUUCCAGUGUGGAAAGAGUUUUACCCGGUUAAGGUACCUGAGUAAGCAUAAAGAAAUACACAUGGGAGCGAAGCCUUACCCCUGUUCUCAUUGUGGACAGAGUUUUAGGGGGUUAGUGAGCCUUAAAACACAUGAAAGAAUACACACAGGAGAGAAACCUUUCAACUGCUCUCAAUGUGGAAUUACUUUUACCUUGUUAGGGAGCCUGAAAUCACACCAGAGGACACAUGAUAAAAGCCAUACCACUGCUCUCAUUGUAGAAAGAGAACAUGAAAUCACAUGAUCGAAUAUAGAGUCGGGGCCAUAUUUGCGAACAUAAGCAAGCAUAUGAAGUUAAAUGGUUUUCAUGCACAAGAUGCAUAUCAACCAAUGAAAAGUGUUGAUUCACUUACAUGUGACUGACCGCUAAUGAAAUCAAACACAUGAAUGGAAUGUUAUCAAACACAUGAAUGGAAUGUUAUCAAACACAUGAAUGGAAUGUUAUCAAACACAUGAAUGGAAUGUUAUCAAACACAUGAAUGG